AUGCACUACAACAUAUAUUAUGCUUUAAAGGAGUUUUUGAAUAUACCAGUGUGUAUUAGGGAUUCAGAUACUCUUGUUACUCUAUUUAAUUUAUGCUUCCUCAAAUUUGGUGAGGCUAUUGUUGAUAUGAGGUUUGAACGGUUUUUCAACCACGAUUAUUUCAGAGUUGUUUACUUAGGAAGGUGGCAGAACUCAAUCACACAUCACAUUGAAGUCACAUACCUCAAAAUUCUCAAUGGACUCAAGAAUAUGAAACAAUUGAGGUUUCUUAGCCUUCGAGGAAUUUCUUUGAUUACAGAACUUCCUCAGUUUAUUUCACAACUAACUAAUCUUGUGAUUCUUGAUCUCAAAGCGUGUCACAAUCUUGAAGUGGUUCCAGAUUGGAUUGGCUUGCUUAAGAGUUUGACACACUUGGACAUAUCUGAGUGUUACCUUUUAGAUCACAUGCCCAAGGGGCUUGGUGAACUAUCUGAACUCCAAGUCCUUAAGGGAUUUAUUAGUGGAGAUUCCCAAGACAAAAAGUCUUGUACUAUCAAUGAUUUGACAAAAUUGCCAAAGCUGUGA